UUAAUUUGUUUGUAACUAAAUUUAAAACAAGCUUUUCGCUUCAAGUCGGGUUUUAACAUAUUCUCUACUUAAGAGAGUUUUAAAAAUAUAUUAACGAAAACAAAGAGCAAUUGUAGACUGAAAAAAAUGAGCGAUUUAGUAGAUGUAGAAGUCCAACAACCGGUUGAGGUGGAACCUAGCAAAAAGAAAAAUAAAAUCAUGCGCAGUGAUAUUAUAGCCAUGGUGGUGUCCGGUGUGUGUGCCGUCUUAAUUGUGAUCAUUCUCUAUAGUUUAAUAAUGCAUUUUGUUGGAGCUUCGGAGCAUAUAACACUAAAUCCCAACGUAACUAUGAAUCGUACAUUUACUAUCGAUCAUGAAGCCCAUACAUUUCUAAUGGAUGGGAAACCUUUUCGUUAUGUAUCCGGAUCAUUUCAUUAUUUUCGUGCUUUACCCGAUGCCUGGCAUAAAAGAUUAAGAACUAUGAGAUCGGCUGGCUUAAAUGUGCUUGAUACAUACGUUGAAUGGUCCUUACAUAAUCCACAUGAUGGUGUUUACGAUUGGACGGACAUUGCCGAUGUAGAGAGAUUCAUUGAAUUGGCUCAGAAGGAGGGAAUUUAUGUUAUAUUAAGACCAGGUCCCUAUAUAUGUGCUGAAAGAGAUAAUGGUGGUCUUCCCCAUUGGCUAUUCGGUAAAUAUCCUGGUAUUCAACUACGUACCAAUGACGCCAAUUACACGCAUGAAGUUUCUGUUUGGUAUAGUAAAUUAAUGCCUAAAAUGCAACGUUUCUUAUAUGGUAAUGGUGGACCUAUUAUAAUGGUUCAGGUGGAAAAUGAAUAUGGCGCUUUUCAUGCAUGUGAUCGUGAUUAUUUGAAUUGGUUAAGAGAUGAAACUUUGAAAUAUGUUGAGGAUAAGGCUUUACUGUUUACUACAGAUAUACCAGAUGAACGCAUACAAUGCGGUAAAAUCGAAGGAGUUUUUGCUACGACUGAUUUUGGCAUAGAUCGGAUCCAUGAAAUCGAUAAUAUUUGGAGCAUUUUACGAUCGGUACAACCCACUGGUCCUCUGGUAAAUUCCGAAUUCUAUCCCGGUUGGCUUACACAUUGGCAGGAGCAAAAUCAAAGACGAGAUGGCCAACUAGUGGCAGAUGCCUUAAAAAAAAUUUUAACCUAUAAUGCCAGUGUCAAUUUCUAUAUGUUCUUUGGUGGUACAAAUUUCGGUUUCACUGCUGGAGCUAAUGAUUUUGGUGAUCAUAAAUAUGUGCCCGACAUUACUUCUUACGAUUACGAUGCGGUCAUGGAUGAACCGGGCAACAUAACUAAGAAAUUCGAAUUAGUACGAGAUAUUAUUGCGCAAUAUUUUGAAAUACCUAAAGUGGAAGUAAUAAAAGAACAAGCAUUUGCCUAUGGCAAGGUCAAUAUGCAACAAGUUAUGCAUUUGCUGUCUAAUGAAGGCCGCGCUACAUUGGGCAAAGCCGUGGACAAUGAGUUAGCAGUAAAAUCUGUUAAACCUAAGACAUUUGAAGAAUUAGAUCAAUAUUCCGGUUUGGUUUUAUAUGAGACCGAUAUAGGGGGUUUAAAUAUAACAGCUCCUAUUCUAACCGUAAAUGAUUUAAGAGAUCGUGCUUUAGUCUUUGUGGAUCAAAAGCCAAUGGGCAUUUUAUCUAGACAAAAUGGCAAUAACUCAUUGAUUUUGAAUAUAUCAACGGGCGGUUCUAAAUUACAAAUAUUGGUAGAAAAUCAAGGACGCAUUAAUUUUAAUGUGGCAAAUGAUACCAAGGGCAUUAUGGGCAAAGUGACAUUACAAAAAACUAAAGAUGGCGAAGUAGUGAAUUUAGAGAAUUGGUUCAAUACCCGUUUUCCUUUGGAAGAACCUCAAACCUCUAAUCUUUUAAAUAGUAUUUAUAAAAAAUAUACCUCUUUAGAAUUUACACCAGAAGAUGAAAGUGUUUUAAAACUUGGACCAAUGGUGCAUUAUGGUGAAUUUAUGGUUAAUGAAGUACAUCAUACCUUCCUUAAUCCUUCGGGUUGGGGCAAAGGUGUAGCUUUUGUUAAUGGCUUUAACUUGGGACGUUAUUGGCCUAAAGCUGGACCUCAAUUAACACUUUAUGUGCCUCAAGAAAUUUUAUAUACUGGUACUAAUUCUCUACUACUUAUAGAAUACGAACAAACUAAUCGUGUCAGUAAGGAUAUUGAUCCUUAUGUUACAUUAGAUGAUAAGCCUCAAUUAGAUUUGUAAGUUUAAAUGAGAAAAAAUAUAACUAGUUUUAACUGUUUAA